AUGUCAGACGUGUUUCGAAAGUCGCUGAAAUAUUGCCCAACUCUGGUGUCGACCACCGAUAUUGCUUAUCUACUUUUUCGUUGCUUGUAUCUCGUAACUAAUUAUUGCACCAUGGUUUGAGCCAGAUCAUGGUCACAAUGACACGUCUUAUCUUCAAAUAGUAAUCUUGCCGGUUUGAAGAGGCUUGGAGUACAAUAAACGAUUGAAGGUCGACGGUUUCCAUGCAUUAAUGUGGAAAGAAGGAGGCCGUGGAUUUGAAGUAUGAAUCUUGUCGAGAAUUCGGAUGCGCAAUACGUCGUUGAUAAUCGAUUGAAAGAUUUUAUCGAGGCUGAAAACAAGAAGCAACAAUUUCAGGUAUUGGUACAUGAGUUAACCGAUAUUUGUUGGGAGAGUUGUAUGGACAGGCCGUCAGCACGCUUGGAGGCCAAAGUUCAGAAGUGUCUUGUGAAUUGUGUGGAAAGAUUCAUCGAUACUACCAACUUUGUUACAAAUAGGUUAAAACAUAUUGCUUCAAGCUCGCAGCCUGAGCUAGGUAGCUUGGAAUGAUUAAGUCAUUCCAAGGAUUAUCACUUAUAAAGUAGUAGUAUGAAGUUUUUGUAACAUAUUUCAAUGUGAAUUAAAUCAGUAUCAAGGAUUCA